AUGGUUGACGAACAAAACAGUAGUGUCGCUGAUCAAACAAACCAGUCACAACCACAAAGCGUUGCUGGAAUGGUUCCUACGUUGCAAAACAUCGUCGCCACUGUCAACCUUGACUGUAGACUUGACCUCAAAACAAUUGCACUUCAUGCCAGAAACGCGGAGUAUAAUCCAAAGCGUUUCGCUGCUGUUAUCAUGCGUAUCCGUGAACCUAAAACGACGGCCCUGAUCUUUGCUUCUGGCAAGAUGGUCGUCACCGGUGCUAAAUCUGAAGAUGACUCCAAACUUGCAAGCAGAAAAUACGCUCGUAUCAUUCAGAAACUCGGCUUUGCUGCUAAAUUUACCGAUUUCAAGAUUCAAAACAUUGUCGGAUCUUGUGAUGUUAAAUUCCCUAUUCGUUUGGAAGGUUUAGCUUAUUCUCACGGACAUUUCAGCAGUUAUGAACCAGAAUUAUUCCCAGGUCUUAUUUAUCGUAUGGUUAAGCCUAAGAUUGUACUUUUAAUCUUUGUGUCCGGAAAAAUUGUAUUAACUGGUGCUAAAGUACGACAGGAAAUUUAUGAUGCUUUUGAAUCCAUCUAUCCUGUAUUAACUGAAUUUAGAAAGCCUUAA